GUUGCGGUAAUGGCGCCUAGACAGCUGUCUUGAAGUCCUGUUUUCAUCACGCGGGCCUUUUAUCGAGCGACUCUUCAGUGCUUCUGAGCGUGAUUUGCGCCUAAGAUUCGACACGCUAUGUCCAACUGUCUGAGAAGCCUGUCUGCGAAAAGUGCGCUGGCAUAUGCCGGCAAGCACUUGGCAAGGCGCAGCAGAAUUUUGCCGGACGGCUCUUCUUGCCUUGUCAGCCAAGAGGUCUUACCCACCAGGAGCAUCAUGUGUGUGUCCAAGGAAAAGAUUGACAAUAGUCUCUCAUUGUUAGAACCUUUCGAGAAUGUCACACACCGGACACUCCGAAAAGUGUCUGCUGAAGAAAUUAUCCUGAGGCAAAUUCCUAACAAUCAAAUUUGCAGCCAAAGCAUCUUGCUCCCCAGCCCAGCUGCGUUGUCAGAGUUUGAAAAACAAAUGAUUCUGAUGGCUGAAGUGAAAAAACAUGGCACUUCUCAACCCAAGGAGCCUACAAAUACUGGAGGGCCGUCGGAAGAUCAACUGCAGAACAUCUUCAACGUCCUAAAAGAUACACUCCCUAAACUCUUUAUUCAGCCACUUGAUUACUCAGUUUACCAUCCAGACGUGAUCUUUGAGAACAACAUUAGGGGAAAAAGGACUGUAGGAAUCUACAACUAUGUUAAGCAAGUAUCAUUGCUACGAACUGUGGGCCACCUGAGGUUUGCCUAUGUCAAAUUUGAAAUUUUGAAAAUCACAUCACACCCAGAGGAAGGAACUGUCAAAAUUCGCUGGCGAAUCAGAGGCAUUUCAGCCUUAAAGGUAUUCCUGCAGUUUUACAAAUUUAAGCUUUGGAAAGGGAAAGAGUUUUGGGACCAGCAAGAGGCGUGGUACGAUGGAUUCUCAACAUUUUACGUCGGUGGUGAUGGUACCAUUCACAAACAUGUUGCUGAUACGAUGAUGCCGGACGACGAUAGAAAAUUGAACAACUCAGGAAAAGCAAGAGAACUGGCGGCAAAAUUGGCUCUGGUUGUGGGAUUGGCGCCUAAGAGUAUGGGGAUUAUAUUGUCUGCAGCUGAUGCUGAGCUGAAAGAAGCGAUGCUUCCAUUAGAGGAGAUUGCAUGAUUUUGGAUUGAGUGGCGUGGACCCAGUUUAUACCGUAGAUUCAUUAAAUGUGGAAAGACGCGGCCGUGUAAUUGGAGUCGAUGCUUGCUCUGUGACUGUUUCCUUGUUGCUUUUAAAUGUAAGCAAUUUUGAGCGAAAUAAAAUAAAUAUGACAUACUAAUUAA